CGACGACGCCGUCAACACCAUCAACUUGUAUCGCCUCGCUCUGCCUCAUUUCUGAGACGUCACGAGAUCACCUCUGCUAAAAGGAAGAGCUUCGCUGGUGGCUAUGGACCCCAACGAGUUCUCUGCUGCAGACAUUGCGGCCUAUCGGGCCAAUUUCACAGUCGCCGAGGACCAGCAUGAGCAUUUCCAACAAUGCUGGUCACAUCAGAAUUGCGACGGCUGUCUCGACACUGCGCGGUGUAGCUGGUGCCCGUAUACCUGGUCGUGUGUUCCCAAUUCGCACUUGGUUCCGGCGCUGGCGCCGGCCUAUGACGAGAACAUAUGCCCGCACUGGGCCGAGCGGUGGGAGAUCCGCACCCGGCCGCUCGGAUGCCAUGUUUCGACCAUUACCACCCUCACGACAAUCGUGACAAUUGCGUCUACUCUUGCGUUCGUGGGCUUGGUCUUUGGCUUGGUCCUUGGCAUCCGUCGGCUCCGUCGUUACAAUAAAGAGCACCCGGGGUGGUGGCGACUCCUCAGGCGUCGCUGGUGGUCUGCUUUACGGCGGAGGGGUGGGGAGGAAGAGCCGCUCCUCGGAGAAGGACAUCGGCCAGGUCAAGCAAAUGGCGAAGUACCGUAAAGGUGACAUCUGCGCGGGAUCAGAGCCCAUCGCAGCUACGGGGGCUCUUACGACUGG